AUGCUGAGGCCUGCUCACUUCCUGCUGCUGCUGCUGCUGCUCCCAGCAGGCCCAAGAACAGGCCUCUCCCAUAAGUUCUACAAAGACAAGCCCAUCUUCAGCUGCCUCAACACAGCCCUGUCUGAGGCCAAGAAGAGCCAGUUGGAGGCUGUAUCCCUGCUGAGCAAGAGGAGCUUCCUCUACCUGCCCAGCCAAGGUCCAUCCUCAGGAGAGGAAGAGAAGGAGAGAGAGGAAAAACAAGACAAAGAGAAAAGGACUUCCCCAGGCUCUGGAGGCAGCAGUGGAGCUGGAAGCAUUCGAUACAAAUACCUGUCCCAAGCACAGCUCCGGGGGAAGGUAUACCAAGACAAAGCCAAGAGUGACCGGCACACCAAGUUCACUCUGUCCCUCGACGUUCCCACCAACAUCAUGAACAUCCUCUUCAACAUUGCCAAGGCAAAGAACUUGCAAGCCAAGGCAGCUGCCAAUGCCCACCUGAUGGCACAGAUUGGGCGGAAAAAGUAGAAACAGUGACCAGGCAGGAGGGCAACACAUCGAAGACAGAGGUCAAAGCCAGAGAGUGAGGGGGCAUUGAGGGUAUGGUUUAAAUUACCAGGGAUCAACCCAGUUUUACAGGUUGCUUCACUGCUGAGCCCCUGAUCUUUCCUUGUCUAUAACUCUGUUUCCCUUGUGAUCUGUAAAUACCCAGGGAAGUGCAGUAUUAGUCAACCCUCACAGAUAUAAGGUGAUUAAUGUCUCUCCCAGUAUUCUGUGUCUCAAUUCUCCUUCCCUGUGGCAAAAGACAAAGGUCUCCCAUUCCUCUUCUACUGUCUUCUCCCCAUUUACCCCAUGCCUGAGAAGAGAGCCUUUGGGGCUCCUUUCUUUCUGUACAUGAACCCCUGCCAAGAAAAGAAAAAAGGAGAUACAAUGCUGAACAUCUUGCCAGCAAAUCCCUUUCCUACCUUUUCAACCCCAUUAAAAACAAUGGU